CACGUUAACUGCAGAGAAGAAGAGUGUUUUGUCAACCUUCUGCCGCUGAGAAUGAGAGCAAAUGUUAAUGUUACACUAACACGAGCUAAACAUAGAUAACCAAUAACUAAAAUGGGUUAAACAGGGAAGUUGACGGUUCCCGGGAUCAAUGUUCAGUUGGGUUUUGGGAUCGUGUGCCAAGCAUUUGGCGUCUUUAGCAAGACUGAGACACAAAACCACGCAGCUAAACAGGAUGUCCACAUCACCUCCUCCUCUGGCUGCGAUAUGUCAGUUGACAGCUACCCCCAACAAAGAGGCCAACUUCUCCAUCUGUAAAAAGCUGGUGGAGGAAGCUAAGGAGAAAGGAGCCUCCAUGGCCUUCCUGCCUGAGGGAUUUGACUACAUUGGUUCAAGUCGAGAAGAAACUUUAUCGCUCUCAGAAAGUUUGGCAGGAGACACAAUAGCUGGAUACAUCAAAGUGGCAAGGCAGUUAGAUGUGUGGCUGUCUCUGGGAGGAUUUCACGAACAAGGGCCCGAGUGGGAACGUGAAAAACGCAUUUACAACAGUCACAUCAUUAUCAACAACAAAGGAGACAUCGUUUCAGUGUACAGGAAGUCACAUUUGUUUGAUGUGAAGCUGCCAGAAAAAGGAAUAUCCCUCAUGGAAAGUGACUUCACGCUCCCUGGACCUUCACUUGUAUCCCCAGUGCAGACUCCAAUUGGCAAGGUGGGCUUAGGUAUUUGCUAUGAUCUGAGGUUUUCUGAAUUAUCACUCGCUCUGCAAAGAAGCGGUGCUGAGAUCCUGACGUACCCAUCAGCCUUCACUGUGGCAACAGGAGCUGCUCAUUGGGAGGUGUUACUCCGCGCUCGGGCAAUCGAGACCCAGUGCUUUGUCUUGGCAGCAGCCCAGGUCGGCCAACACCACGAGAAGCGCGCGUCCUAUGGUCACAGCCUGGCAGUGGACCCUUGGGGCGAGGUGCUAGCUGACUGUGGAGGGGAGAGCCCUGCAGUGGUGCUAGUAGAAGUCGACUUGGAUAAAGUGAGGAGAACCAGAAAAAAUAUGCCUGUCCAACAGCACCGCAGAGAGACAGCGUUCUACCACAGUCUGGAAUAAAUUUCAACAUGAUAAAAUCAUUAAAUCUCAAAAAAGCAAUUUUGCAAAUUGAAGCUGUAGAGGUUUUCCCUUUUUCUCCAUUAUUAUGGUCCACAGCAGUCCUGGAUUCUAAGGACUGUAUUGUUUUUGCAAUUCUUCCUUUUUUACUGCCCCUUUGAGUGAAAAUUCUACCUCCGCGGCAAACUCACCAAAAUUUGCACACACCUGAUACUCGGUGAAAAGGAAUUUUGGGAGUAGUAAAUAAUCCCCCACCCCCACCCCACUCCCAUGACAUCACAGCAGGAGAAACCGUCCAAGAAAUGAAUGAGGCAAAAAAAAAAAUGAAACGAAAAAACACACAACGGGGGUAUCCGAAGGUAGUUUUGAAAAUAUUAUGGGGAAAUUCAUGGAAUUUCAUACACAUGCCACCAGAUAAAGCCUACAGCUACCACCAACGUUUCGUAUACCUUUGUUCCGGGAAGAGGCCGCCAUUUUGAAUAAAUAAACACCUACAAAUUUAAAA